AUGAUUCUAACUUGUGGAAAAGCAGUCAAUGAUACUCCCUUUGCAGAUAGCAUCAAAAUACAGCUCAUUUACCUCAGGCCUGGACUGAUGUACAUGAGGCUUCACUUUAAUUGUUGUCUAGUAGCACUUAUGUACAUGGUGCAAGAUCAUUGGCAAUGGCUUUCUUUUGAGAGGCUUCCAAUCAUGGAGGGGAAGGAAAGUUACAGACAAGAUGUUCUGAUCGUCCAAAUACAUACAAACAGACUCGUUAUAGAUGUCAGCUAUUAUGUGAGCACAGUCUGGAGCAGAGAACCACAUAGAGGAAGGGCAAAAUGGGAUAUUUUCUCCAAGAGCAGGAUCAAUCUUGGAGCCAAAGGCAAUGACCUCUGUCACUUUGGCAACAUCCAUGCCAAAGUUUUACUCGUAAAGUUUACUGUGGGUUACCAUCGUGGCCAACAUCUUCUUCACCAAAGGAAACUGAUCCUCUUAACCCUCUUUCAGGUGUGCAAAUACAUGGAAACCAUACCAACCAUCAGACUUGGGGUUAAACAUCAACAAAAUGGCAACUUGGUUGAUUUGAGCAGACAGAGCAAAGUCAUGCACAUUUUUGUUUUGGUUUUUUAG